GAGCCACUCAAGUUGAGCCAUUCUCAGGCGCCAGUUCUUUGCACUGCACACCAGCAAGAGGAGAAGACUGGAGUUGUUAUUCAAAACAUUGCCUUUUGAUGAUUUUCCAGCUGCUCACUUGAGGGCGUGAUUUUUGGGUGUUUCAGCAGAAAGUGGCAAGACUCUGGACUUGAAGAACGGGCUCACACGAACACACUGGUGGAUAUUCAUUUGAACACAACAAAACCUAGUUCUGAUCAUCACUCCAUCCGUCAGCUGAGCAGAUCAAGAGCAAGCUUCUAGUUCACUGCUGUGCCAUUGAAUCAGUGGGACAGAGAAGCAUCACAGACGAGGCAUUGUGUCCCUAGCUGAAAAUAUCAAAGACCACCCUGGACAAAGAGUUUCUUUGGACUGCCGUCCCCUCGCUGGGCUCCAGUCUGCUGUUUUGAAUUAGAAAAGUGACCUAAAGCUGAGCGCCACUCAGGUGACUGACCACUGCAUAUAGGAUUGGCUACAGGCUGCCAUGGUGCGUGAAGGUGGUAUGGCGGUGGCUCCAUCCUACUGGGCCCUGUGGGCUGUUGCCACUUUGAUGCUAGUGGCACUGUGCUUAUCCGACCAGGCCAUCCGCUGCCCAGUGUGUUCUGAGGAGAGGCUAGCCAGCUGUCAACUGCCGGAAAGCUGCGAGGAGACUGUGCGCGAGCCUGGCUGCGGCUGCUGCCCCACGUGUGCCCUGCCGAAAGGGGCGCACUGUGGCGUCUACUCGCCGCGCUGUGGUACCGGCCUGCGCUGCUACCCGCCACAGGGUAUUGAGAGACCACUGCACUCCCUCAUGCAUGGCCAGGGGGUGUGCACCGAUGAGAGGGAGGUGGAGGAAAACUCAGUGAUGGAACGGCACGAUGAAAUCAUCCCUGAGCAUCCAAACAACAGCAAUAUCCGAUGCAGUCCACAGGACAAACGCUGCAUACAGAAGACACUGGCUCGACACCCACCCAAAUCCACUAAUCAGAGAAGCAACACUGCGAGAGAGGAAGCCAAGGCGGCGCUGGCUCCAUGUCGUGCUGAGCUCCAGAGAGCACUGGACAGAUUGGCGUCCAAUUCCCGCACCCAUGAUGAUCUCUUCACAAUUCCCAUUCCCAACUGUGAUAAGAAUGGAGAUUUCCACACUAAACAGUGCCAUCCAGCGCGUGAUGGCCUGCGAGGAAAGUGUUGGUGUGUGGAUCAGAAGACGGGCAUGAGACUGCCGGGACCGCUCGAGGUCCGAGGGGAACUGGACUGCCACCAGUUAAUGACAGCUACUUUGAGGGAUUGAAAGCAAGGGAUUCCAUGAGGGUUGAAGGAGCAGCUUAGUUCAACUGGUGCUUAUGAGCUGAUCUACGUAAGAAAACGCCCCACAGUCUCACUUCAUUUGAGGCCUACGGUACUUGAGCUAGUGCAACAACAGGAAUGAGUUUAAAAUUGAAAUGAGUCUUUUGUUGUUGCGUUUUUUUUCUGUAUGUAUGUGAGUCUUUUGGGCACUUGCCAUGUGUUGUUUCUACGAUGCGAUGUUAUGACUUGUAGUCAUUUGAUACUGUAUGUGCUUUAACAGGGGGCAGUAAAAAAAAAAAGCACAAGAGGGAAAUGUGUCAUUUCCUCUAGUAUUAAGUAGGUUAAGAUUAGGAAACCAACUAGUAUAGUAGUAUACAUGUGCAGUUCAUCCAUUUGACAGAUCAAAUUAGUCCAACAUGAGAACGGCCAGGCCCUUCUUCCAUUAGCAGAUGAUUCACUUUUUGCAGUAUGCAAAUGUGAAAGCAAGACCAGUUUGGAAACAACAUAACAUUAAACUGUUGCUAUGUGAGAGAAGAUUUGUUUUCCUUUCCAAUAUAAACAGUCUACUCACUUUUUGGAAACGACUUGUCAUUAGCACACUAGUCCCAAAAGACCUGAAAUACUGUGCUAUUAAUAACCAGGAUAAUCUUAUUUUUCCAGCUGCAGCUAAUAUACUAGAUGGCUCUGACAUAGUAUGUGCUUUGAUAUAGUUAUUAUAAUAAUUUGAUACGACACUUGGGUGGUGGGAUGCAUUGAUUGUUCCAACACAUACACAAUCUGUAUUUCUUUUGGGACCAUGAUUGAUUUGGACUCGGAAGAUUUUGGAGUAUUAAUUAAAUAUGCUACUCAUAUGUGAUAUACAGAUUUAAUGCGUCCAGCAGAUAUCCAUGACGUCGCUGUUGGGCGGAAACUCCGAACUGUCAAAAUGACGAGGUUACAAGAACUAAAAAAAAUAAAAAAAAAAGUCAGCUUGUUUUGAGUUCCCAGGCACCACAUUGUUCAAGUUGUAUUAUUCCUUAUAUUGCUAUUGCACACUCACAUCAACAUCAUACUAACUAAAAAAAAUCAAUAUGCUAAAAAAUGAUGAUGCCAUUAAUUAAAAUAGUCCAAAUAGAAUCCUGCAAGAGCCAGUCUUUCAAAGUCUGUAGUCACGUCCAGCGUCGAGGGUAAAACGCCUUUCAAGCACCCACCGUGCAAAACACCUUUGAAAAUGCCACAAAAGCAAACGACUGCCCCACACAAAAGCCUUCUUGAAGGUUUAAAGCCAUGUAAUAAAUAAAACAAUGAGUUGAUUCUGAAAACCUGUAUAUAGAAAACCACAACACUUGUAAUUCAAAUAAAGUUAGGUUGGGUAAAGAAAAAAGUUUCAUUAUAUUUUGUAGCUUGGUGACUGAUAACUCACUCAUCAAAUUCUAUUUUGCUCCUGUUAUCUUGUUAACAAUGACAAAAGUUGGUUCGACGGAGCGAGAGCAAAAUCAACCCAGCAGCUUUAAAAAUUCCCCAGACCAAAAAAAGUCUAACUUCCCAAAGACAUUAAUGAUGUUGGUAUUAAAUGCGGAACUGCACAUAGACAGUGACUAUUUGUUAACUUCUAAACACAUUUAUCUGUCCAACUGCCUUUGUCAUUUAUAAAGUUAACAAAUGAUCUUGACUGUUGUUUUCUGAGGCAUUCUAACUAAAUAAAUGAUUGAAGCUGUAUGUCUCUUGAUCCUUAACUUUGCUGUACUGAACGGUAAUCACAUUUCAUAACUAUAGAAUGUAUAGAAAAUAAAAUCAUGUUGCAUGUAGAACAAUCAGCCUGAGGCUGAAAAGAUGUUGUGUGUCUUGUCCACUCCAGGACAGCUAUAUUCAAACACUGAAGUGAUCAACAAUCUGAAAGCGAGUUUUGCAUCCAGAGAAAUGAUUAGUUACAUGGUUAUUGUUUAUUUGAAUAAAAUGUAAACAUUGUGAAGCAUUAAUUAAAACAUUUUACAAACUGCA